AUCCUCGACAAAGUGCCGUUCGACUUGGUGGCCGCGUACGAGGAGCGAAGGGCGGUGCCGAGGGUGCAGCAGCAGGUCCUGCCUGGCUCGUUCGGCAAGAUCAUCCGGCGCCACCGCAAGAACAGCGCCACGGUGCUCCUGGACACGAUGCUCCUGGCGUGCGUGCAGCACAGGAUGGGGCCGGCGGACCUGGGGAUCGCGCUCGCGUGCCUCGUCAAGGCGGACUACCGCCGCGACGCCCAGCUACCCUCCCGCCUGGUGCAGCUGCUGGCCCGCGCUGCCGCGCAGCCGGGCGCCAGGACGCCGAGGUCUGCCGCGGCAGCCGUCGCUGCUGGCCCGCAGGCGCCCGUGGACGGCGGCGGCGGCCGCAAGCAUCAGCGGGCCCGGCCGGCGCCCAAGGCGACGGCGCGCCGGAGGAGGCGGUCGACGCUCUCCAGCAAGCUGCUGAGCCGCGUCGUCCGCCAUGCGGGGGCGCUGGCCGCCGAGCUUCGGGAUGCGCAGCCCAGCGGCCCCCAGGGGGGCUCCGCGGCGAGGCUGCUGCACGGUCUUCGGCCGGAGCUCCUGCAGCGGCUGGCCCACGACGGCCCGGUGCCCGACGACGAGCAGGCCUUCGAGGGCGGGGACCUGUGCCUCCUCGCACACGCGUACUCGCAGGCUGCGCAGCUGGGCCAGCCCGACCUGGCACUCUUCAGGGCCCUGCACGCGCGCCUGGACGACGUGGCGCUGCUCUCCCUCGGAGCCGGAGAGCUGUCGGGGCUGGCCGGCUCGUUCUCCAAGCUGUCGCAGGCGGCGGAGCUCGGGUUCCUGAGGCUCUUCAGGCUGGUUGGCACGCAGCUGGCGGAGCUGGGAGAGGCCGCGGGGAUGAGGAGCACCUGCGUGGCCCUGAACGCGUUCGCCCAGGCCUCGGUGCUCCACGAGCGGCUGUUCGCCGCGUGCGAGGCGUUCUUGCCGGGGCUGCUGCACGGCCCGGAGUGCGACAUGCGGCAGAUGGCCAUGCUCGCCCAUGCGUACGUCCGUGUCGGAAGGGAGCGGAGCAGCCUCUUGCCGCUGAUCUGGGGGCGCGCCAGUGGCCUCGCCGCCCGCAGCGACGCGCAGAGCAUCUCGCUCAUCAUCUUCGCGCUGACGAGGGCGGGCGCGCCGACCACGGCGGGCGCGUCAGCGGCACUGCUGGCGGGCGUCUCGGAUCGACUGCUGCAUCUGCUGCACGAGCCGGCAGUGGUGGAGCCCACCACGGUUGCAGUCAUCUCCUAUGCCCUCUCGCGUGGCGGCUGCGCGGCGGCAGUCGACCCGGCCCUCUGGCGGCUCCUCGCCAUCCGCGCUUCGGAGGGCGUGGGCGCCCUCAGCCUGAGCGAGGCGGCCAACGUAGCGGCGGCGUUCUCGCAGGUCAGUCGCGAGCUCGGCGCCGACCGGGCUGACGCCGACGGGUGCACCUCGAGGGCCGAAAGCGUGUGCUCUCCUGCCGUCCUCUCUUCCUCGGGCGUCGGGCUCCUCUUCACCGCGCUGCGGCGCCGCGUGGAGGCGGAGCUGCUCGCCGCGGGGCGGCCCGCCGGCCGCGGGGGCCCCGCCGUGCCGCCGCCGGCGGCCGCGAAGCUGGUGGCCGCCUUCGGCGAGCUCCGCCGCGCCGACGCCGGCGAGGCGGCGCUGCAGCUGGCGCGGCGGUGCCUCGCCGGCGGCGCGCGGCUGGGCGUGGGGCCGCUGCGCGGCGUGGCGGAGGCCCUGGGGCGCCUGCGCGUGCACGACGAGGACCUGCUGCAGGCGCUCACGGCGGCGCAGCGGCCCAGCGCGCGCGCGGCGCGCCCGGGGCGCGGGGGCGGCGGCGCCGAGCGGGGGUUCCAUGACGUUGGCAGCCUGGCGGAUGUGAUCUUGCCGUGCGCAAGCGAGCCCGACUUCGUCAACUACCACGAAGACGAGGAGAAGCCGAUCAACAGGACGAGGGCGAUGAAGAACGGCGAUAUCCUGAAGGCGAUCUACGGCUUGGCCCCCACGCUGAACAUCCCUGGGGCCGUCAUCAAGAUGGCCAUCACGAAGAUAGCCGAGUCCAAGAUCGAGGACAGCGAGUGGACUAUGAGCAAAGAGGAGAAGAAAGAUAUGAUCAACACCGUGACGAAACGCUUGACGUUGCUCCUGAGGCAGUGCGCCAAGCCUCUUCGCGGUCAGGUCCCGUGGAUCGUCAAGUUGUGCACUGACGAGGCCGAGGACGAGGACGAGGCCGAGGACGACCCUCAGGAGGAGGAGGCCCAGGACGAGGAGGCCGAAGCCGAGGAGGGCCCCGAGGCUCAGGAGGACAACGGCGACGCGAUGGGCGACGACGCUGAGGAGGCCGAGGGCUCGCAGGAGGCCGAGGGCUCGCAGGAGGCCGAGGCCGAGGGCUCGCAGGAGGCCGAGGCCGAGGGCUCGCAGGAGGCCGAGGCCGAGGGCGAGGAGACCGAGAAGGGCUGCGACAUCGGGGCCGAGGUCAAGCAGACCAUGGCCAAGAAGACCAAGACGGGCCUCAAGGAGGACAAGAACGCGGCCAACUCGGCCUGGAUCCAGGACAUAUACGAGUACAAGUGGCACGAGGACGAGAACAAGCUCGCCAGGAGGAAGGUCGGCGCGAAGUCCAAGAUCAUAGAGUACAGCUGCCAGCCUUUUCGACCAGAUGGCGCAGAUGAUCUGGAUCCCGCCGUCGUGACGUUCCCUGACGGGUCGCAGCGCGAGGUGCCGAACGUGUUGCGCGGGUCCCUCGCCGACGACAGCACCGACAAACCGAAGAAGCGGGGGCCCCUAUGGGAGGAUGGGAGCCUCAGAAUCAUGAGGAGGAAGGAUCGCAACGAGAAGAUCCUGCACAAUCUGCUGGACACCAACCCAGCCCUGGACACGCCCAACGUGAUCAUGAUCAACAGUGGGUUGUUCCCGACCCCUGAGGAGAGCCUCAACUGGAUGAUCGACUUGGCGAAGCUGUACAAGUCGGGGAAGACGCGCGAGGACCUGGAUCGCGUCAAGGCCACGAAGAUCAAGCAACUCACCGAGGCUGGCAAGAAGGAGUGCGCUGUGAGGAAGCGCCCUGCCGCAGCUGCGGCUACCGAGGCCUCAACCCCCAUCAAGGCGAACAUGAAGAGGCCUGCAGCUGCGACGACUGCCGAGAAGGAGCCGACGAAGGUCCCGAAGACGAUCACCGAGCCUCAGUCGAGCAAGUUGGUGGGCCUGCAGUCGAAGCAGGACAGCGAGGAUGGAGGGCAUGGUUAG